AUGAAUGAUUUGUUUUCAAGCUCCUUCAAGAAAUACACUGACUUGAAGGAGCAAGUUCAAAUGGAUGAUGUAGAAGCAGGAAAAGAAAGCAUCAACCUUGAUAAAUUCUUUGAGGAUGUCGAGAAUGUGAAAGAAGACAUGAGGCAUGUUGAGAAGCUUUAUAGAAAAUUGCAAGAGGCAAAUGAAGAAAGCAAAAUUGUCCAUAAUGCUAAAACAAUGAAAGAUCUUAGAGCAAGGAUGGAUAAAGACGUUGAACAGGUUCUCAAAAGAGUUAAAAUCAUAAAGGGUAAGCUCGAAGAAUUAGAACGUUCGAAUGCUGCAAAUAGAAAGAUUGCAGGGUGUGGACCAGGUUCAUCAGCAGAUAGAACAAGAACUUCAGUGGUUAGUGGAUUGGGGAAAAAACUCAAAGAUAUGAUGGAUGAUUUUCAAGGGUUAAGAGCUAGAAUGCAACAGGAGUACAAGGAAACAAUUGAAAGAAGGUAUUUUACAAUAACAGGUGAGAAAGCUGAUGAAGACACAAUUGAGAAUUUGAUAUCAAGUGGAGAAAGUGAAACUUUUAUGCAGAGAGCAAUUCAGGAACAGGGUAGGGGUCAAAUUAUGGACACAAUAUCUGAGAUUCAAGAAAGACAUGAUGCUGUUAAGGAAAUAGAGAAAAACUUGAUUGAGUUACAUCAAGUUUUUCUGGACAUGGCAGCACUUGUUGAAUCACAAGGACAACAACUGAAUAACAUAGAGAGUCAUGUCGCACACGCUAGUUCUUUUGUUAGGAGAGGUACUGAACAACUUCAUGAGGCUAGAGAGCAUCAAAAGGAUUCAAGGAAAUGGACGUGUUAUGCCAUACUUCUUGGUCUUGUUCUCGUCAUUGUGAUCCUGUUUCCAUUCUUGAUGUCAAUUCUACCUCACUUGAUACUGUAG